UGUAUAAAAUUUUAUUUUAAUAAGUUUUCUGUUUAAAAUUAAAUCAAUCAAAAAUUAAAUCAAUGUUAAUUGUAAUAUAACGAAAGUAUGCUAUAAUACAUUCUUUUAUUUACGACAAUUUUGUUUACAUAUAUAUAAGACUUAACUUUUUGUGCUGUACAUAAUUUAAAACGUGAUUAUUACAAAUUCAAAAAUUGUGUCUUGCUUUAACUCAAAUCACGGAUUCUUCAAUCAAUUAAAUAUUGUUACCACAAAUAAUUAAUGAAGAUAAUUUAAGUAAAGGAGUUUGCACAUUCAAUCAUGGAUCAAUUGGACAACUUACAAAAUAUUCUAUUGAGCAAUGAUAACUCGAAAAACUUUUUAAAUUGCUCCGAUGUACCAUCUAUUUGUAAACAAGAACCUUGCAUGCUCGGGGUUGAUGAAGCAGGACGUGGUCCGGUUUUAGGACCAAUGGUUUAUGGAAUUGCUUAUUGUCCAAUAAAUCAAAGUGAAAUAUUAAAAUCUCUAGGAUGUGCAGAUUCUAAAGCAUUAACAGAAGAAAAAAGAAAUGAGAUAUUAAUUAGUAUGUUGAGUGAAGGGAGUGCUAAAAAUAAUGUCGGUUGGGCAGCUGAAGUAAUAUCACCGAAUUACAUAUCGAAUUCUAUGUACAGAAGAGCUAAAUGUUCUUUAAAUGAGGUUUCAAUGAAUUCUGCCAUAGGUUUAAUAAACAAGGUGAUUGAAAUGGGAGCAAACAUAUCCGAGGUGUAUGUGGACACAGUUGGACCCCCUGAGAAGUAUCAGGCAAAAUUGAGUGAAAUAUUUCCAUCAAUUAAAAUUACCGUUGCCAAAAAGGCUGAUUCAUUGUACCCCAUAGUGUCCGCUGCGAGUAUUGUGGCCAAGGUGACGAGAGAUCAUGCGCUCAAAGUGUGGCAGUUUCGUGAGGGUCUGGAACUUGAUUACAAAGAGUUUGGGAGUGGUUAUCCUGGAGAUCCAUUAACCAAAAAGUUCAUACAAAAUAAAGUUGAUGAAGUAUUUGGCUAUCCGUUGCUUGUAAGAUUCAGUUGGUCAACAGCCGAACUAAUGCUGCAUCAAAAAGCAGCUAAAUGUACUUUCGAAGAAGUUGAGGAACCAGGAAGCAAUAAAAACUCACCAAGAACAAAACCAAUUAGCUCAUUCUUCGCGCCAAAAUUAGGAAACGACGAAGCCAAGAAGAGAAAACAGCACAAGUUCUUUGAAGAAAGAUGUCUCAAUAGAAAUAAUCCAUUCGAAUAAUUAAUGUCAGACCAAUUGAUAAAAUAAAUGUAUUUACUGAUAAAA